AUGUCCAAAUUCGGGUGUCUGAUAAUGGGCCCCGCGGGCGCGGGCAAAACGACCUUCUGCACAGCCAUGAUCCAACAUCUCCAACAUAGCCGACGGUCAUGUUUCUACGUCAACCUCGACCCUGCGGCGACGGAUUUCGCAUACCAGCCCGACCUGGACAUCAAAGACCUGAUCUCUCUAGAAGACGUGAUGGAGGAGAUGUCAUUGGGCCCCAACGGCGGGUUACUAUUCUGCUUCGAGUUCCUCCUACAAAACCUCGAUUUCCUCGCCUCCGCCAUCGAACCUCUCUCCGACGAAUAUCUCAUCCUAUUCGAUCUACCGGGCCAGAUCGAGCUGUACACCCACGUGCCUCUACUGCCGGAGUUGGUGAAAUAUCUGUCAAGAAUGGGACCGUUGAACAUCAACCUUUGCGCCGCAUACCUGCUAGAGGCGACCUUUGUGGUCGACAAGGCCAAGUUCUUCGCAGGGACGCUUUCCGCCAUGAGCGCUAUGAUCAUGAUCGAGCUGCCCCACAUCAACAUCCUGUCCAAGAUGGAUCUGGUCAAAGAUCAAGUGUCCAAGAAAGAGAUGAAGCGGUUCGUCGACCCGGAGGCCACCCUGCUCGACGACGAAGAUACUGGUCGAGGUACAGCCGCCGAAUACACGGUCGAUGUCAGCAACCCACAGGAGGUCGACCAGGUCAUGAGUGGUGACUCGUUCAAGCGGCUCAACCGGGCCGUGGCCAGGUUGAUCGACGAUUUCAGUAUGGUUUCCUUCCUGCAGCUGGAUGUGAACGAUGAGGACAGCGUGGGAGAUAUUCUGAGCUAUAUCGACGAUGCCAUCCAGUUCCAUGAGGCGCAAGAACCGAAGGAUCCGAGGGAGAGGGAAAUGGAGGAGCCAGCUUGGGAAGAGGGUUGA